AAAGAGAGAGGAAGAGAGAGGUGCAACCAGGCAGACUGACUGAAGAGAGCGCAUAUGUGCAGACUGGUAAGACUAAAUGCACUGGGCAGCAUAGCUGUUGAUACAGCCAGAGAGAGAAAGUGUGUGUGUGUGUGAGUGUGUGCGAGUGUGUGCACGCGAGAGAGAGAGAGAGCGGGAGAGAGAGAGGGGGGUGAGAGAAGAAGAGAAAAGAAGCAAAAGGGAAAGAAAGAAGCCGAGAAGAAAAAGGGAGGAUACUACGACAACAACUAUGCUGUGCUGCAUAAGAAGAACCAAACCGGUGGAGAAAAAUGAGGAUGCGGACCAGAAAAUUGAGCAGGAUGGGACCACCAACAAACCUGAAGACAAGGCUCAUAAGGCUGCCACCAAAAUACAGGCCAGCUUCCGUGGACACAUAACUCGGAAAAAGAUGAAAGAUGGAGAUGAAGAGAAGGAAGGAGACAAUCCUGCUGCUGCGGAAGAAGCGACUGAGGGCGGUGAGGAGGUGAAGAAAGCAGAAGGAUCUCCAGCCGAAGAGGCCGAUGCUGCAGAAGAUAAGGGGAAAAAGGAAGAGGAAACGAGCCAAGCCAAAACCCCGGUGGCAGAAAAGCCUGCUAACUCACCAGCAGCCGCCGCUCCCUCUCCUGCAGGAGCAGCAACGUCUCCAGUAGGGGCAGCACCCGCGGCAUCCUCCGAGCCGGCCAAAGAGGAGCCAAAGAUGGAGGAGAAAGCUGAAGAGAAGCCCAAAGAUGUGGAGGCCCCAGCUGCAGGAGUCAAGAGUCCCACCACAGCCACAGCUGAGGAGAAGGUGGAGGAGGGUGAGGAGAAAAAGGAGGAGGCCAGACAAGCCGACGUGCCUGCUGCUGUCAGCCCGACACCCGAAAAGGCGGAGCUUGACCAAACAAAAGACAAAGAUGCUGCAGAGGAGUCUAAAGCGGAGGGGGAGACCCAAGCAGAUGCAGGCGCAGAGGCCCCCGAGUCCAAGGACGACAAAGGCAAAGUCUAACCUCCAAAAAGAAGAAUUAAGAGAAUGAAGAAAAACGAAAAUCUAAAAAAGGUUGCUCUUUGUCUUCCCGGUGCAAAGGCAGUCCGAUUUCAUUUGUUUGUCAUUUUUUGUGUGGCAAUGAUUUUCUCAUGUUGGGGGAGUUUCCAGCGUGACGUUUUUUGGCUCAAGCUAAUAUUAUGAUGACGUGGUGAUGAUGAUGUUGUUGUUGUUGAUGAUUCUGAAAUAUGAUUGUUAUGCUAAUGAGGAGAAAGAUUUGAUUCCUAGCAUCCUUUGCCAUGUAUUGUAAACGGUUUGGCAGUGGAUUGUAAAACUCCCAACUGGAUGGACACACAUUUCAUAUUUAGAGCAAACAAAUUCAUCUUUAUCUGCUUUGCAAUGCACACAUUGCAAAUGAAAUCUGGACUUUUGCCAGUGCACGCACAAAAAAGAAAAGCUGGUUUUAACAUGCAACUCGAGUUUUCGUUACAGUUCACGCGUAUCGAAAACGCAGCAAAUGGGAAAUACAAAACAUUAUGAUAAGAAUGUAUACUCAAAUGUGUGUCAUUUCCAGUUGGAGAGCUCUCGCUACUACUCCGCUUGACUCAUUCAAGCUUGAAUAACAACCCCCCCUUUUACAAACUGUCUUAAGCCUCAUUUGCAGAAAAGGACCUGUUGCCGAUAUGGAAAUGCCAUAAUCGUAUCAUAAACCUUAGAAAUCUGUUUAGUAUUAUGACAUGAAAACUUGUAUUCUGCCACUCAAAUAGGAGAGCAGUAGCAUGAACCAUCGAACCAGAUGCAUGAUGGGAACUCUCCCUCUGAGAGGAAAGUUUUUGCAUUUACCCAAACUUAAGAGGUGUGGCGGCUUCUUUUUGAUGUCUUUGGUGUUGUUAUGACCGUUUAUAUAAAUUGGGAUAAUCCUCUUGCACAGACGUUAAGAAAAACACAUAAAAAAAUGAACACAUGAAUGAGCAAACAAACAAAACAAAAAACUUUUCCUAUGUUUCAGUGAGUGCAAUGUCCAGUUUCAACCUAACAAAGAAUUCCAACUUGUGAGGGGAAAAAAAAUUACAAAUGGUUUCAAUGUCUGUUUUCGAAAUAAAGCAAAUGUGCCAAUUACCAACAUUAA